AUGUUACCAGCGUCUGCGUUCUUUGGGGUGGCUGCUUAUGUCACAUGCUCAAGCAUGAUGCUUGUGGCCAACAAAGUCACGCUCACAUUGAUACCCCUCCCUGGCGCGGUGUUUACAUUCCAGCUGGCCUUCGCAGUGGUGUCGAUCUACAUGAUGAAGACCCUGUGCUCUCUACGGGUGGACGAUCUCACCUGGUUCAAUAUCAAGCUAAUGUUUCCAUACACCAUCUCCUUUGCCAUGAGUAUAUAUGCCAAUGGCAAAAGUCUUGAGCAUUCCAAUGUGGAGACGGUGAUCGUGGCCCGCUCCUGUGCUCCACUCUUGAUUAGUGUGAUCGAAUGGGCCGUGCUGAAUCGCCAGCUGCCCAGCUGGAAAUCCACUGGUGCCUUGCUGUCCAUUCUGGUGGCGGCCACGGGCUACGUUUUGGCUGACAGCCAAAUGAAGCUGGUGGGUUUGCAGGCCUACACAUGGGUGGGCAUUUACCUGCUGCUGAUUGUCUACAACAUGGUCUAUGGGAAGUCGGUCACCUCCAAAGUGAGUUUCGCUUCUCCCGUGUGGGGUUUGACCUACUACACCAACGUGAUGUCCUGCCCCGCAGUGGUGCUCCUGGGCUUGCUCAAUGACGAAGUCAACAAGGCCCAGAGUAACGAACCCAGCAUGGCUGGCUUUGCGGCCUUGUUCGUGUCCUCAGCGAUCGGGGUGGGCAUUAGCUGGAGUGGCUGGAAUUGCACCAGCCUUCUGACCGCCACGACCUAUUCGCUGGUGGGCCUCAUGUGCAAGUUCUUGAGCGUCCUCUUGAAUGUUUUGAUCUGGGACAAGCACGCCACACCCCUCGGGAUCUUCUGGCUCUGUAUCUGUCUGAUUGCCGGGAUGUUCUACGAGCCAGCCGCCCUCCGGGAGAACGCCAAAGUCGCCAGCGAGGUGGACGGCGAGCCUUCCGAGAGCGCCUAA